UUUCUUUUUCAAUGGUGUGGUGUGUUAUGAUUAAAAAUACAUUGAGGAGGGUAUAAAUAUUUCAAUUCACUACGUUUUAGUUUUUUUUAUUCGUAGUUUCCAUCAGCAGUGCUGGAGGUUCUUUUACCCUCAAAAAUGUUUUUAUUUUGGACAUUAAUUCAAGUUUUAAAUUACGAUUGCUGACAUCUGUUUACUAUAGUCAAGAAAAUUAUGAAUCAUGUAAAAGGACUUCCGAGUCUACGAUUUCACAUGCAAUGAUCAAAAUGUAAACAUUUACUCAGUAUCCUUUGUGUACGUAAAAGUAAUCUUUGCAAAUAAGUGUUUUAUACCUGUGUUUGGUAGAAUAUUCUGUUGUGGACCAUGGAGAUAGAUCCAUCAUUAAUGCAUGAAACAGUUUAUGGUGUUUCACCUGGCGAAGAAUGCCAUGUGAUGUCCGAUAAAGUACAAACAUUAGCAAAUAAUAUUUAUGAAGAAUUCGCCAGGAUGAUUUCUAAGUAUGAUGAAGAUGUUGUUAAGCAAUUGAUGCCAUUAGUAAUAAGUGUGCUAGAACAUCUCGAUCUCUCAUUUGUUGAAAAUCAAGAACAUGAAGUCGAAUUAGAAUUAUUAAGAGAAGAUAAUGAACAAUUAGUUACUCAAUUUGAACGUGAAAAGCAGUUGAGGAAAUCAGCUGAACAGAAACUUUUAGAAUUAGAAUAUUCUGUUGAUGAAGACAGAAGAGAGUUGCAGAGUAAAGUGGAAAGUUUAGAAUCCCUAGUUAGAAUUCUUGAAAUAAAAGCGAAAAAUUCAGCAGAUCAUGCUGCUAGAUUAGAAGAAAAAGAAGCAGAAAUGAAAAAAGAAUAUGCAAAACUUCAUGAACGAUAUACAGAGGUAUUUCGAACACAUGUGGAUUAUGUUGAAAGAACAAAAAUUUUGUUUGGAAAUGAAAAGGCCGAAAUGAUUUCUUCAAAAGCUCGAAUGCAUGAAAUUUCUUUGCCAUUUGAUUUGAAUUGUUAUUGCUCUUCUGAUCUCUGUUCAGAACACCAGUAUUGUAUGUUUCUUGGACAUAGUAUUCCCCAACUUAAAUCAGGAUCUCUAUAUAGUGUAAGCUCUGAGGAAUCUUCAAUAAAAUCUCUUUCAAGCCCUCCAGAUUUUAGUGGAUUAACUCCUCCAAAUCAUGUUACCGAACCUGUAAGAUGUUUACAAAAUGAACUUCAUGAUGUUCAUUCAUCUGUGAAGUCACCAAAUUCUGACAUGAAACCUUCUCAAAAAAGUGGUUGGACAGAUGGUUUUGGAUCAGAUCUCACAGACUUGUCAAUUUCUUCUAAUCCUGAUGUUGAUGAUAUGAAUGAUUUGUCAUCUAUGGAUAUGCCACCAUUAGCUACUGUCAAUAAUGAAAAACGAAGACCAAAUACUUUGUAUCAAGAAUUAAGCUUCCAAGAAGGUGAAAAUAUACAAGAAGAUGAUGGAAAUGAUAUAGCCGCACCAGACAGUUUCUUCGGAAUGGGCAAAGAAGUAGAAAAUCUGAUUUUAGAAAAUAAUGAACUUUUGGCCACCAAAAAUGCAUUAAAUAUAGUGAAGGAUGAUCUGAUUGCUAAAGUUGAUGAACUAACCAGCGAAAUGGAAAUAUUGCAAGGAGAAAUCAAGUCAUUACAAGCUGUAAAAGAGCGAUUAAAGCAGCGUGUUAUUGAUUUAGAAGAAGAACUCAGGAAAACUAAAGAAGAAGCUGAGAAAGCAAAGGCCAAAUUUGAAGAAGAGGAAGAUAUUCCUCUCGCUCAGAGAAAACGGUUCACAAGAGUUGAGAUGGCCAGGGUUUUGAUGGAACGUAAUCAGUACAAAGAGAAAUUAAUGGAGUUACAGGAAGCUGUUCGUUGGACUGAGAUGAUCAGAGCUUCCAGAAAUGACCCAUCUUCUGACCAGAAGAAAAAUCAAUCUUCCAUUAGGAAAUUUUUUAGCAGUUUGUUCAGCUCAAGUAGCUCUUCUGAAAAAACUGUCAGAAAAUCUCCUACUUCUUCUGGAAUGUUGUAUAGUUCACCAUCUGUACAUGUCAGUCCUACUUUGGAAUCAUUACGAAAGACUAGGUUGGGCGAGAAAGGAAAGAAUGUUGAUUUCCUUGAUAGUGAUUUAGCAUCUGAACGACUUCAGCAGCAAAGAGCCAGAGAAAGAAAAGAACAAUAUAAACAGGUGCGUGCUCAUGUAAAAAAGGAAGAUGGAAGAAUGCAGGCUUAUGGUUGGAGCCUUCCUAUUCAUGAUAGUAAUUCUGAAGGGGAAGAAACAAAAUCUUCAUUAUCAUUUGAUCCUAAUUUUCCAGUGCCUAUUCCUGUUUACUGCCGGCCUUUAAUGGAUAAAGAACCUGGAAUGAAAAUCUGGUGUGCAGCAGGAGUAAAUUUGAAUGGGGGCAGAACAAGAGAUGGUGGAUCCAUUGUUGGAGCCAGUGUUUUUUAUUCAUCUCCACCUGAAGAUGGUUCUCCAUCAGAAGAUUUGUCUGAAGUUGACAAACUUGAUCAUGAACUUGCUGAAGGGGAAAAAACAAGAAUAGAAAAUGAGAAGAUGGAACAGAGAUUAUCUUCCUUAAUUUGGAUUGGAACAAGCACCCAUACAAAUAGUAAAGUGAAUGUAAUUGAUGCUAGAAAUCCUGCUGAUGUUUUGAGUAGCUUUUUUGUUUGUUCUUCACAUCUUUUAUGCAUUGCUAGUGUUCCUGGUGCCUGUGAAUCAGAUUAUCCAGUGGAUGAAGAAUUUCUGAAACUGGGAGUUGAAGCAGACAAAACUGAUAUUCCAGAUGAUACCAAAUCUAGUGACAGUGUGAGCAGUAUUGGCAAUAUUACUUUUGUCAGUUGUUCUACUGGCCCAUCAUCUAGUCCUUCCCCAACUAAUGACGAUAAAGAAAGUGAGCCGGUCUUGUUUCGACAGUCGACCACUGCAUGUGAAGAUAAAGUAUCUGAAAAUUCAGAAAGUGCUCCAGAGCCAAAUAGACAGCAACAGUGGAUUGUGAUGAAAGAUCCUCCUGAAAUAAUCAAAGAUGGUAUAUCUGAAUUGUCAAAGGACAAUCCUUUGGCAUAUGAUCAUAUAGAAAAAAUGUCUAGUGUCUUGCCAACUAUGUGGAUGGGUGCACAGAACGGCAGUAUAUAUGUUCAUUCAUCUGUUGCUCAAUGGUGGAGAUGUAUUCAUACUGUAAAAUUGAAAGAUGCUGUAUUAAAUAUUGUACAUAUAAAAGGACGAGUUCUUGCAGCAAUGGCAAAUGGUACAGUUGCUAUAUUUCAUCGUGGUGAAGACAAUCAGUGGGAGCUAAAUAACUACCAUUUAUUGGAUUUGGGUUAUCCCCAUUAUUCAAUAAGAUGCAUGGCUGUGGUUCAUAAUAAAGUGUGGUGUGGUUACCGUAAUACUGUACAUGUUUUGUGUCCCAAAGCAUUAUCCAUUGAGAAGUCAUUCGAUGCCCAUCCUAGGAAGGAAAGCCAAGUGAGGCAAUUAGCAUGGGUUGGUGAGGGAGUGUGGAUAUCCAUAAGGCUUGAUAGUACAUUAAGGCUUUACCAUGCUCAUACUUACCAACACCUUCAAGAUGUGGAUAUUGAGCCUUAUAUAUCCAAAAUAUUAGGAACUGGUAAGCUAGGAUUUUCAUUUGUUCGAAUUACUGCACUUGCUGUUUCUUGCUCACGACUUUGGAUAGGGACUGGAAAUGGAGUAAUACUAUCUGUUCCCCUCCAUGAAUCUGGCAAGAAGCGUAAACCAAAUGAUGAUUCACUUGAUUCAAUACGGGUAUAUACUGAUGGCAAGGAUAAUGUAACUCCUGGUAGUUUUGUUCCUUAUUGUAAUAUGUCUGAAGCUCAACUUUCAUUCCAUGGCCAUAAAGAUGCUGUCAAGUUUUUUGUUGCCGUUCCAGGUAUGAUGGAAAGCAAAGCCUUACAAAGUACCUAUUUCUCCAAAGGUCAGGGUGACAUGAGUUCAAUAACUUCUCUUGCUGAUGAUAAAGAGGAUGAUACCUCUGAAAAACCAGCUAAGCCCAAAUAUAUGUACAUAAUGUCGGGUGCCGAAGGUUACAUUGAUUUCCGAAUAGAACGAUUUUUUGAAAAGCAGCCAGUCAAGAAUGCUGUUGAAGAUGCCAUAGUUUGGAAUGCAACAGAUUUAGGAAAAGUUCUAUUUGUAAAAGGUGCUGGGGGGAAUCAGAAGAGUAACACAUUUUCUGAACUUCUUCAAAUGAAGAGAGACUGUACAGUAACGGAAAGGGAUGAAGAAGAUGACAGCGAUGAUAUAAAUGACCGCUCUUACCGUGGUUCUUUGAGAUCUGAACAGAGUCAUCUAAUUGUGUGGCAGAUUCCUUUGCCUAGUACUACUCCAGGUCACACGCAAUAAUAAUAAUAAAAACAAUAUGCUAUAUGACAAGCCAAUAUAUGCAAAAGACUUAUACAUUAAAAAAAAAGACUUAUAUUUAACAUUUGCAAUGUAUAAUAUGGAUAGGUUUUUUUUGUUUAAUAUUUUUAAAACUCCUGACUCAAGAAAUUAUAUAUAUUUGAAGAGGAAACAGGUUUUGUUUUAGUGCAAUUUGGUGCUUUUAACUUUUAAAAUGUAUAUUAACUUUUAUGUGGUUUGUGACUUUUUACAUAUUUUAGAUUAAUGCAAUUCUAGCUAUUUAUUGAAAUUUCAUAACACCAUUUAUAUUAUAGCUAUUCAGCAAAGAAUAGAAGGCUGCUAUAUUUUGUGAGCAAAAAAAGGACAGAUAUUUUUUUGCCAUGCUAAGUCAAGGUUUCAAAGUUUUUUUUUUUUCCUCCCUUUUAUUGUUCUUAUAGAUGAUAUAUAACAUCUAAGCCCUGAAGAUGAUGAAAGGGAUUUUGUUAAAUUAUUGAUUAUGUUGAACUUUUUUGUUGCUUUAGCUUUAUGUCUUGAAUGUUUAACUCAAUUUUCUUUUCUAUUUUGUUUUAAGAAGCACAUUUUAAAGCUACUCUAGCCAGAUGGGCAAAGCAAAUACUCAUCUAAAAAUGAAAAUUAUGAUCUAUGCUCAUAUCAGUAUCAAAAUCAAAAUGCUUAGAUAUUAUUUAAUGUGAACAGAUUUUGCUUUGACAUAAACAGGUUUAUUUUUGAAAACUGAAUUACAUAACUAAUAAAAAAAAAAAUCUAUUAUUGAUAAGCCAAUUUUGCAUUUUUUAAAAAAUUAACAUUUUGUUAUUUUAACACAAGGAGUUUCGCUUUUUGAGUAAUGAAUUCUAUAGUUAAAAUUUGUCUCCUUUGAUUGUUCAGUUAUGCUUUGUAGGUAUUUUUUUUAUUGUUUUGAUUAUUCAAAAUUUUAUGCUCUAGUAACUAUUGCUUAUGUAUUUUUAUAUCUUACUACUCCUACUUAAAUAACUUUACACUAUUUGUGUUUUAAAAUAUCUUAUCUAUUUGUUAAAUCUAGAAAAAUAUAAAAAUUCAGAAAUAAUUCUAUGAAACAAAAUUUUUUGAGUCAUCUUUUAUUACUAUUUUUGUUAGAUUUUCAUUUUUCAGUCUUUCACAUUUUGGAGUUUAUUUUUCCAUUCAUUAAUUAUUUUAUUUAGUUAUUCAUGAAAGUCAGAAAAAUGAUAUUCAAUUCAACUGCCUUUGUUAUUUCUUUAUGUGUCUU